UGGAUGCGGCGAGGAAUAACUCAGCUCCACGCACACACACACGCGCAUACUUACACACACACACACUGCUCCACAACUGACAGGAAAAAAAAGAGAAAAACCUCAGACAUGGAUGACCCACUCACAAAAUGGCUCCACUUACACAGUAACAUCAACAACACGGCUGGAACGGAUACAGUGGGACUGUAACGAGUUUGAAAAUGAUGGAAAAACGGCAGCAGGAGCUCUGUGUUGGAAGUCCCGAAGCGGGGUCCGGUCCUAGAAAGCGGGAGGACUCCGCCAUCAUCUCCAGACAGAACGGAUACAAGGAGGAAGAAGAGCCGCGGAGAGAGGAGGGGGUGGAACACGAGGAGGAGGAUGAAGAGGAGGAGGAGGAGAGGGGUGGGAACUUUAAAGGGGUUGAGGAGACGGAUGACGUUCCUCUGCAGAACUCGAGCAACGGGACCAGCAUCAGCAUCAUCAUCAACGGCGUUGCCAAGGAAACUGCCUCUUACAACGCCCUUGACCUGAAAAGGGAAGUGCCGGUGAUCGAGCUCUCCAGGAGGGACGCUAUAAAAGCGCUAGAGCAGAGGACUGAAAGCCAUUUGGUGCCGAUCACGGAACUUCGCAGACCUCCACCGCUGCCGCUGCCUCCGCCGCAACGAGACGACGCUCGAAUGGUCCAACUGAGCCCAAACGCGUUUCCUGUCCCGGCCCGGGCGAUGCUCUACAACUUGUCGCAGCCUCUUGCCGCCAUCAACAGUCUCGGAGGGGAGUCGGAGCAGUACAGCAUGUACCCCAGCAACAGGGUAAAGCGCCGCCCGGCGCCUUAUGAGGUUGAACUCGACGAGGGUAGGCGCAUUUUAGAUCUUUAUAAGUAUGCUGGCCAGCCGAAGAUUGUGCGUCGCAUCUUCACAAACAGCCGUGAACGCUGGCGGCAGCAGAAUGUAAACGGUGCAUUUGCAGAGCUUCGUAAACUCAUCCCCACUCACCCUCCAGACAAGAAGCUGAGCAAAAAUGAGAUCUUGCGGCUGGCUAUGAAGUAUAUCAGCUUCCUUUCCAACCUUCUGGAGGAUCAAGAUGGUGGAAGGAACGGUGCCAACACCACCGAUGGGGACACUGGACUGCUGGUCGGGGUUGGGACACAUGAAGGGGGCCCUCAGGGAGUUCCACACCAGGAGACUGUAGUAGCGUUGACGAGAGAUGAUCUUCUGGAGACAAUGUCACCGGGCUCCAGCUGUGGAAGCUUACCCGACGGUGACGCUGAAGGGAGUCCUGAGAGCUUCAUGGAGGACCAGGACUCGCCUCCAGCUCCCAGGACUCUAACGGCCUCACGAGGGCCCCCACUGCAUGUCGCUUCUAGGGAUCUGAGACGCAAUGGACGGCCAUUAGAUGGUUCCAGUCGGCGAUGAUGCUGGAGACGCAGCAAACCACAAACACAAAACCUAAGACUGACAAGCAGCAAGGAGGGGGACUGAAAAAGAGAUUGAUAUACUUAGAAAACAUGGUUAUCUUUGAGUUGUAGGAAGCAGAGUUAGGCCACAUAUAGUGAGAGAAUGGUGGAAAAUAGCAUCACGAGCCCAUUCCUGUCUCCACAUUGCACCAGAGACAGUACCAAUGAGUAGUGUGGUUAGAUUUGAUCCAUCAAAGACUUGUAAAUUCUGCAUGUCGAAUGUCCUUGACAGACCUGCAGAUAAUGACUGUGUUUUGAGAGCUCAGAUUAUUAUCAAUUACAAAAUUUAAAAAAAAACAAAGAAAGAAUGAACAAUCAAAACUACAAUAAUUAUUUGAAAAAUUCUGUUAGAAAAUGUGUUGAUCUCAUAUUGUGGAUCAAUGUCACCAUUUUGAUAACGAAAUAGCGCCGUCAGAUUAGAUCCAGUUUACUACACAAAUUACUAUGAAAUGCCAAAAAGCAGUUUUUCAGAACAAAUUGAUAUCUUAGAAAAACAGGAAAAAAUGGUUUGCUAGUUCCAUAUCUACUGUACAUAAGAUUAAAUUUCAACUUCAUAAUGUUACAACAGUGACUCAGAUUCAAGUGUGGUUUAAAAUGUACCAUAGUGUGUUUGUCAGUGGGUUUACUAGCAAAACAGUCUUUUUGAAGACAGAAAAUGAGGAGAAGACAUUUGAUAAACUCUAGGUGGAAAGAAAACAAUUGAACAAAAAGUACAUAAGAUGUGGUACCAUUUACUUCUGUUACACUUUGGUGAUUAGAAAAUGACACCAAAUAUUACAGCAGGCAGUCUGACAAUUCUGCUGUCUGGAAUAAAUGAAUAUAUCUAUUUGGAUUUUUUUUUUUGUGGAGGUACAAAACAAACAGUGCUCUUAAAGUGUACAAAACAUGGGUCAAAUCAAAUCUUGGAAUGACUUGUGCAGUCCUUUUGAUAUGAAUGUUUCCGUGUUUUUUAAUUUUAUUUUUUAAGAAGACUGUAAUGCAGAUGUAGUUUAGUAUGGUACACAAAUUAAUCUCUUCUAUGCCAUAUGUCACAUGUACAUAAAAAAACACCAUCAUCACCUCCAUCGCCACCAAACAGUGUUAAUAUCAUAAUCACACCAGCAGUUUUCUGACAGACAGUAUUGUUCACUGUCGUUGGUUAUUCUGCUUUUUCUGCAGGACCUAGUAGCCUAUAUUGGUACCUUUGGUAACUAUGGUAUUUUAUGAAUUGCAGUAAAAGAACAUUGUACGUUUGGUAAUGACAUAUUUGUUGUAUGAUAGCUGUACCUAUAAAUAUAUCCAAUGUUAAAUUGCUGACUUUUAUACAAAACCCCUGAAUAAAACAUGCAGAGGAAAAGUCUUGUUUACUUAAUAUUUUUUACAUAAAUAUCUGCCUUCAGGAAGUUUUG